AUGUCCAUCUCAAUGAACUACAGCUGUUCUAGUGGUGUGGUGACAGUGACUUGGGGACAGGUGUUGGGAGCCAACUCCUACAGGGCGGAGGCUGUAGAUGUGAAUGGGACAGCCCUGUCCUGCACCUCUGCCUCAAACACCUGUCAGAUCACCAUGUUGAACUGUGGAGAGAGAUACCUGAUCCAGGUCACUGCCAUCUCAUUCGACUGCCAGAGCACCUCCAACACAUCCACGUACUUUGAGACAGUGCCCUGCGCUCCUUCCCAGCUGGCAACGUACCGCGAGUGUUCCAGUAAUGUGAUCAUCUUCUCCUGGGCUCCCACUAGUAACACCAAGUACUACGUAGCUACGUCGCUGGCCUCCAACGGACAGCUGGUGGAGUGUCGCACCAAGGGCACAGAGUGCUUUUUCACCAACACGGUCUGCGGACACACCUACCAGUUCACUGUUUACGCCGUCAGUAAUUGCAACAGCAAAACCAGUUCCUCGAAGCACGUCCGGACCUCCCCUUGUAUCCCCCAGAACAUAAAGACGUAUGCAGAGUGUCGGUCUGAUGUGUUGAUCACCACCUGGGACAAGACAGCAGGGGCUCUGUCCUACACAGUGGAGGCUCAGGGUAACAACGGAGACAGCUACAACUGCAGCUCCUUCACCAACAGCUGUGCUAUGCCUGGUGUGGCCUGUGGAGACAGUCUGAGUGUGUGGAUCACUGCCUCAGAUGAUGACUGUACCACAGAGAAGGAGCUGGGAGAGGCAGCUAAGACUGUCCCUUGUUCCCCUACCAACGUGUCAGCCUCUGUGGAAUGCAGCCCCAACUCUGCCCUUAUGAACUGGACGGUGAGCCAGGGCGCAGUGUUCUACAUCGCCAUGGCACAGCACACAGACGGCACGGUGCGAUCCUGCCACUCCAUGGGCUCUAACUGUCUCAUACAGGGCUUAAACUGCGGCAAAACCUACACCGCCAGCGUCAUAGCAACCGACAUGAAGUGCAACAGCUCCCAGGGCCAACUGGUCACUAUAGAAACUGGUGCCUGUCCCCCCACCAAUGUCACAACGUCUCUGCAGUGUGAUGGCAACAUGGGCACUGUCUCCUGGACGGCCGUUGCCAGGGUGGACAUGUACCUAGCAACCGCCACAGGUGACGACGGACACACCCACACCUGCAGCUCCAACUCCACCGACUGUUCCUUCACCGACCUGCACUGCGCCGAGACCUACGCUGUCACCGUGGUUACCAUCGUCAGGGGCUGCCAUAGCGACCCCAGCCCUGACGUUGAACUCAGAACAGGUGCCUGUCCCCCCACCAAUGUCACAACGUCUCUGCAGUGUGAUGGCAACAUGGGCACUGUCUCCUGGACGGCCGUUGCCAGGGCGGACAUGUACCUAGCAACCGCCACAGGUGACGACGGACACACCCACACCUGCAGCUCCAACUCCACCGACUGUUCCUUCACCGACCUGCACUGCGCCGAGACCUACGCUGUCACCGUGGUUACCAUCGUCAGGGGCUGCCAUAGCGACCCCAGCCCUGACGUUGAACUCAGAACAGGUGCCUGUCCCCCCACAAAUGUCACAACGUCUCUGCAGUGUGAUGGCAACAUGGGCACUGUCUCCUGGACGGCCGUUGCCAGGGCGGACAUGUACCUAGCAACCGCCACAGGUGACGACGGACACACCCACACCUGCAGCUCCAACUCCACCGACUGUUCCUUCACCGACCUGCACUGCGCCGAGACCUACGCUGUCACCGUGGUUACCAUCGUCAGGGGCUGCCAUAGCGACCCCAGCCCUGACGUUGAACUCAGAACAGGUGCCUGUCCCCCCACCAAUGUCACAACGUCUCUGCAGUGUGAUGGCAACAUGGGCACUGUCUCCUGGACGGCCGUUGCCAAGGCGGACAUGUACCUAGCAACCGCCACAGGUGACGACGGACACACCCACACCUGCAGCUCCAACUCCACCGACUGUUCCCUCACCGACCUGCACUGCGCCGAGACCUACGCUGUCACCGUGGUUACCAUCGUCAGGGGCUGCCAUAGCGACCCCAGCCCUGACGUUGAACUCAGAACAGGUGCCUGUCCCCCCACCAAUGUCACAACGUCUCUGCAGUGUGAUGGCAACAUGGGCACUGUCUCCUGGACGGCCGUUGCCAGGGCGGACAUGUACCUAGCAACCGCCACAGGUGACGACGGACACACCCACACCUGCAGCUCCAACUCCACCGACUGUUCCUUCACCGACCUGCACUGCGCCGAGACCUACGCUGUCACCGUGGUUACCAUCGUCAGGGGCUGCCAUAGCGACCCCAGCCCUGACGUUGAACUCAGAACAGGUGCCUGUCCCCCCACCAAUGUCACAACAUCUCUGCAGUGUGAUGGCAACAUGGGCACUGUCUCCUGGACGGCCGUUGCCAGGGCGGACAUGUACCUAGCAACCGCCACAGGUGACGACGGACACACCCACACCUGCAGCUCCAACUCCACCGACUGUUCCUUCACCGACCUGCACUGCGCCGAGACCUACGCUGUCACCGUGGUUACCAUCGUCAGGGGCUGCCAUAGCGACCCCAGCCCUGACGUUGAACUCAGGACAGGUGCCUGUCCCCCCACCAAUGUCACAACGUCUCUGCAGUGUGAUGGCAACAUGGGCACUGUCUCCUGGACGGCCGUUGCCAGGGCGGACAUGUACCUAGCAACCGCCACAGGUGACGACGGACACACCCACACCUGCAGCUCCAACUCCACCGACUGUUCCUUCACCGACCUGCACUGCGCCGAGACCUACGCUGUCACCGUGGUUACCAUCGUCAGGGGCUGCCAUAGCGACCCCAGCCCUGACGUUGAACUCAGAACAGGUGCCUGUCCCCCCCACAAAUGUCACAACGUCUCUGCAGUGUGA